AUGAAGGGGUUACCGCACCGACAUGACGAUCGCCGUUCUGUGGUUUCUGGGUCCAGCGCUGGAAGCAGUACAUUGGCAGAAACAUCAAGUCAACGAACCACUGGUGGACAUCUCAGAAACAGUUUUGAUCUGCUAGUUUUUGGCCGAAUUCGGCUUAUUUCGGAUGAUUUUGAUGCUCUUGCACAUGAAUUUUUAGCGUCUUCUGAACGUAAAUGUCCGCUUGCCGAACCGCUUGAUUAUGAGAAGUUUCUCACCGAAAACAGUGCAGUGCUAGAGAAUGUCAGUCAACGCGAGUUGCUUCUCUUCCCACGCGAUGAUAUCACCGAUGUGUUGUUGAGUCCGGCGGAACGCACGACGAUACCAAGUGUGGAAGCACAUGAAAUAUCGGAUGCGAAAUGUCCGACGGAACGCACGACGGUACCAAGUGUGGAAGCACAUGAAAUAUCGGAUGCGAAAUGGUUGCUAACACAAGAAGCGCUCUCGUUUUACCGCGCACGGCAUCGUGUUAUCCGUUUCAAUUACGCACAUUUUAGCGGCGAUCACCUCAAUGUAUCCGAGCAGGACAUCGAUUUGCAACCACUCGUUUACGAAACUGACAUGGCUUUUGACGAACAACGAGAGGAACUGGAGGGCCAAUGCAGCACAGAUGUGGUCCGUGAAGGAUUCUUAUUCAUUGUACCUGAAACAGGUCUCCUUGAUAAUUUCAAGGUAAAGCCAUAUUAA